GCGCCGGGCGAGGAUGCGGGAAGAUGGCGGCGGCGGUGGAGUCGUGCGAGGUGAAGUGCGCCGACGUUCCGCGUGACGUUGAGAACGCAACGGCGGAUCGAGCGGAUGAGCCGCGCGCGGCGACGCCGCGCCGGCAGGCUGAGCUUUACCGAUUUCGCGCCGCCGAUCUGCUGUACUACGCGUCUUCGGUUGCUUUCUUUCUCGCGGACGUAGCAACAGACAGCAUUGUAUGUGUGGAAUACCUUUUGCAAGGCCACUUAGCGUGGGGAUGCUUUGCAAUGGGUUUCACCGUCUUACCCGCUUGUGUUACCCAACUAUUUAGUUUGAGAUGGCAUCGCAGCGACGGUUCUCUACGGACUGUUCACUGGUUGCUGCAUAUCCUCCUACUUGGCUUUUUGCACAGGUAUUUGACCUUGCUUUGCACUGCGAUGUACUCUUUGAGAAAUAAGUCUGGCUUCAGCAAGGACAAGAAUUGGGUAUAUCGGCAAGAAAGCGAUAUAUGUAUGUUGCACUUGUUUAAGUCAUUUAUGGGAGCUGCUCCGCAGUUGAUAUUGCAGUUAUAUAUCAUUGCAAUGUUGAAACACGCACCGUUUUGGACGAGCGCUUCCGCCGUGACUUCCUUCUGCUCCUUAACGUGGGCUGUGAGUACAUACGUUAAGGCCAUGCACAAUAUCAAUCGCGAGCGCAACAACGUGACUUGGGUCGCUCUCGCCCUUCAGGCUGUUUGGCGUAGCAGUAUGCUGAUAUCAAGAUUCAUAGUUCUGCUGUUAGCGCUCAUCUUCUUGAAAGCAUGGUUCUUUUUAUUUUUGGGUCUGCAUUGGUUUAUCAUGACGAUCUGGGUGAUCUUGCAGAAGACAAAGUUCUGUUCUACCGCGUGGGAAGAGCGCAUCUACAAUUGUGUCAUCGGACUAAUCUACUGCUUUGACUUCUUUAACUUACGCGACGACAGAUCGCGCUACCGCGUGCUCAUCUUUUACUCAGUGAUCGCAGCGCAGAAUGUGAUCUUUCUGAUCAUAUACAUGUUACAUGUCGGCGAAACUAUCGCGAUGAUCAUGAUUGCGUCCGUGAUAGUUAGCUGUAUGCUCAUCGGUCUGACGAGCAUGUCACUAUAUUAUGGCAAAUUUCAUCCAUCAAGAACAGCGACGAACAUCUCCCGAAAUAUCAGCGAGCAUUCUACAACUACGAAGGUUGACGCAUCCAGAUCCUUUAAGCUGUUUCAUCGCGAUUCCUUAGUGUCGUUGCACCAUUCCAUGGACAUCUCGCCGAGGACUGAGGAGGUGCCUACCGACAAGCAAUCUUUGCUUACAAAUAUUGCGCAAAUUUCCGAUUGUGUAGAGGAAGGCAUUGUUAAUCGCAACUACAGCUCGGAGAACGAAUUCAACGCGAGCGCCUUGCGCCUCUCCACAGAAUGCGAGAGGUCGCAUAGUCGCAUCGGCGUCAAACACAAGGAAGAAGUCACGUUGGUCAAUGAUAAUCCGGACAACGCGCUUACUAGUAGCGCGCCGUUGAACUCUCUGUAUUCCGGCUUGCCUGAUAUUGACUCGUCCCGAAAACGCCGCGGCAUUUACGAGCACGAUAUCACCCCACAAUUGGACUGGCAUGCACCGGAUAUAUUGAACAUUGAUUUGAACCAGCUUGGUAGUCUCGAUAACUCUGAACGAAGCAAUUCUCUCACGCUGGAUUCCUGCAGUAAAGUAAUCGGAGCAUUGGACGUUAUCAAGAACAGAGAAAAACUAACCACCCCGACGCCGUUGGAGAGCAGCAGAAUAUUCGAUAUAGAGAAGGUGUCAAAGGACCUGCAGCAGCAGCAGCGGGACGAAACAAUGAGUUGCGUGACGUCAAUCCACGAUUACGAAAAUGUGUGCCCGUUAGGAAUCGCUAGACCGCCUUGGUGCAUCCGCAGCUGGAAGGGUUAUACAGACAUUGAGACGUACAUCCACGACGAUAGCGUGGUGCGCGAUAGGCGGCGAGAUACCUUGACGAGCACGACCGGUACGACGUACAGCUCGGAAUACUCCGACGGCAUGAUCUCACGAGGGAUAUUAAAGCAGGAUGAUUACGCGGACGCCCUGACUUACGAUCUGGUGGAAUCUAAGGGCAAUAAAUCAUCUUAUAGCGACAGCACAUUCUCUACGUCCGACGAUCAAAAUGCCAGUCUAUAUAUAGCCAAGCCGGUGGUGUUCGAUGACCGGGGCGGUAUGCUCGCAUUGGACACGAUAUUGGAGGAACGCGAUGAUUUGUCAUCGUCCGACGAGAAGUUUCAACAUGGGUCAGAGCUAUCGCGUGACUCCGCGAGUACUUUGGUGAGUACGAUAGAUCAGAUCAGGCGAUAUACAGCGGAGAAUUCGCCGCGACAUAUCUAUCACACCACUGGGACUCAUUGGGAAGACCUGAAUCCCAAGAACUUGAUGGCGCAGGCGCGCUUUGCCAAAGUAUUAUUCGACAAUGAUCUCAGGAACGCUUCAACGACGACUGGUUCGAUUGAUCUGACCGCGCGAGACGUCGAAAAACGCGAGAUAGAUGCGAUCAGAGAAUUCGUCCGAUGCUGUGCUAUAGAGUCUAUCAAGAAAACGCCUCUGAUAGACGCUGUCUUGUCCGAUUCACCGAUUCUGGACAAGGCGAGCAAGCUUAUGCGGCAGGUCACGUUCGCGGAUUGCAAGAAUGAUUUCGACACGAAUGAGAGCGAUCUUUAUGUUGAAAUGAGUCCCUUGGUAUCUGUGGAAAACGGCGAAAAUCUAUGCCAAGCUAGGCCCAUCGACACUAAGACUGCCGAAGCAGACGAGAGCGACACUCUCAAGAGAAAUACUCUUCCCACAAUAUCGAAAAAAUCGCCAAAUAAAGAGAAUCUGUCGCCAAGCUUGUCGAAUAACAAUAGACGGAUUAAUAAUAUAUAUGAUGACAAGGACAAUAAUGAUAGUCACGCUUGGACUAUAGAAAGAGAUGAGAAAAAUGACAAAUCACUGUGCAACAUGCGUUUCAAUCUGAAAGAGAAGAGGCACUUAUUUCUGGAGCAGGUUCUCUCACCGGUUCCAAAACUCUGGAACAAACGUAUCUCCUUUCACCCGAGCACCAAAAAUUUAUAAUAAAUUUCUUCGCACUUCUUGGUUUUCUCACUCGUGUUCUAUAGUUAAAAAUCGAUUCGAAACUCAUUUUAUCUAUUUUUAUUAUGUAUA